AUGGACGAGACAGAAGUAGUAUUUCCAUGGACUACGGCGGACGCUGGAACUUUCAAACUUCUCGAGCUACCACCAGACCUACUGAAGCUAGUAGAAGCCUACAUCGAAGGCAAUGCAAGCCUGAACCUUAGCGUAAAAGGCGGAGCAGAGGAAGAUGCGGUCCUUUGCACGGAUGAGAAAACGUACACCAUGCGAUCCGUAGUUCUCUCGAACUCAGUCCUGGUCCUCACUCCUGCACCCGAAGCCGGGGAGGGAAUGGGGGACAAAGUGGUUAUUCAAGACGAACUGCACGAUAUCAUUGAGCUUGUACCCUCACUACCCAAGCUUCAUAAACUGAAAGGGAUUCUGAGGGGACUGGAAUACGAUGAAGGCUACGAGGACGAAGAAAUGAUGGACGAAGACGAAGAAUUCGACAACACGCAGACUGGCACUUUCAGUUAUGCCGACGCCAUGCACCUCCAGGCUAGCGAGGGCGAACUACGACGCGGUCUUCGGGAUAUGCGGAUCCUCGAUAUCGGCGGCCGUCUUCGCCCGAUCGCUCCUUCGUAUCUCAACACGAUCUUGGAGCUCAUACUGAACCACCUUGUCUCUCACUCACUGCAUCACGACGCUGUCCCCGUUGACGAGCUGUCAGCCGCUAUGAAAGACGAGCAUGAAGUCGAUCGGCAAGUUACGACCCAGGUGCUAUUGUGGUUCGGCACGGUCAAGGACGGCAAGUGGGAAAUGAACGCGGAGGAAGUGAUCAAGCAGAUCGGCCUCGGCAUCCUGAGACCCCACAAGGAUGCACCCAUCGCGGAACAGGAAUUCCUGGAGAAAUGGAAGAGUGCUGUGGGUGAUACCUUCGAGUCUUACAUAUCUCUCAAACUACUCGAGGUAUGCACGAGUGCGAGGACAUCGCAUUCUGGAAAUUACCUGUCGUCUAUGUCGCGGGACACGUUCCCAGCGGUCCUAGCCCUAACUUACUUCCCGUCAUCUUCUCUGCCCACCGAUCCCGCCGCUCGUUUCACCGAUCUUUUCCUUACACGGCCGAAGUGGAAGGCGGAGGACAUUGCCCCGUACCUGGCUGAUGUUGCAGUGGACUCAAAAGAGCGAGACAAAUUGCUUCUCAAAUACGCUCGAGCUACCAAGGAUGCAGAGGGCAUGUGGUACACUGCUAGGAAUAAAAUAUAG